CACUUUCUUGCUGUCUCUGUUUUUCUCUGGUUUAGUUCUGAUCAUCCCACACACCUCACUUGUCAUACUGUUACUCUGUCGUAGAGAUUUAGUCACCUACUGUAAAUUAUGCUACCGGAGAAAGCCGGCUGAUCUGGACUGCUCAGAGAUUUGUCCGUCCUCUCUGUCUUUGGCUAGCUCUCUGCCGUUUUGCAGAGGGAGCAGGUGGUCCUUCUCUGCCCUUGAGCAAAGAGGGCACCUGCCGUUGGAUUUAUAGCCUGGACUCCUCUGCUGAAAUCUUGUCUUUGUCUUCAUUACGUAAUUAAUUUUGAAAGCUUGGAUCUGUCAUGGCUCAUGCGGCAUCACAUCUCAAAAAGGCCCGGGUGGAGAUAGAGCAGCAGCAGCUCGAUACAAAGGCUUUGGAGAAAGCGCGUGAGCGGAGGAGGCGCUCACGAGAGCGGGCUGAGCGUAAACGGAAGUCGGACAGCAACACCAGCUUUCUACGGGCUGCAAGAGCAGGAAAUAUUGAUAAGGUUUUGGAGUACCUUAAGGGUGGUGUAGACAUCAGCACUUGCAAUCAGAAUGGACUUAAUGCUCUGCAUUUAGCAGCCAAAGAGGGACAUGUAGAUCUCGUUCAGGAGCUGCUGGAGAAAGGAGCCUCAGUGGACUCUGCAACCAAGAAAGGGAACUCAGCUCUCCACAUCGCCUCUUUAGCAGGACAGGGCGAGGUGGUAAAGAUUCUGGUUAAAAAGGGAGCAGAUAUUAACUCACAGUCACAGAAUGGCUUUACUCCUCUAUACAUGGCUGCUCAAGAAAACCAUCUGGAUGUGGUCCGCUAUCUCUUGGAAAAUGGUGGAAACCAGAGCACAGCAACAGAGGAUGGUUUCACCCCAUUGGCCAUUGCUUUACAGCAAGGUCAUAAUCAGGUGGUCUCAGUCCUUCUGGAGAACGAUACUAAGGGUAAAGUGCGUCUGCCUGCCUUACAUAUCGCCGCACGCAAGGACGACACUAAAUCAGCUGCUCUGCUGCUGCAGAACGACCACAAUGCUGAUGUCCAGUCUAAGAUGAUGGUUAAUAGGACUACUGAGAGUGGAUUCACACCGCUGCAUAUUGCCGCUCAUUAUGGGAAUGUAAAUGUGGCGACUUUGCUUCUUAAUCGAGGGGCUGCAGUUGACUUUACUGCAAGGAAUGGAAUUACACCAUUACAUGUGGCAUCUAAAAGAGGAAAUACAAACAUGGUCCGUCUGCUGUUGGACAGAGGGGCAAAAAUUGAUGCCAAAACAAGGGAUGGCCUCACGCCACUGCACUGUGCAGCAAGAAGUGGGCAUGAUACCGCAGUGGAGCUAUUGCUAGAGAGAGGAGCUCCCAUUCUGGCCAGAACCAAGAAUGGUCUUUCCCCUCUCCACAUGGCAGCACAGGGUGAUCAUGUUGAGUGUAUCAAGCACCUGUUGCAGCACAAGGCCCCCGUGGAUGACGUGACAUUAGACUACCUGACAGCCCUCCAUGUUGCUGCCCACUGUGGGCACUACAGAGUCACCAAGCUUCUGCUGGACAAGAGAGCCAAUCCCAAUGCUCGAGCUCUGAAUGGCUUUACACCUCUUCAUAUUGCUUGUAAAAAGAACAGAGUGAAGGUGAUGGAGCUACUGGUCAAAUACGGGGCUUCCAUUCAGGCUGUCACUGAGUCUGGUCUCACACCUAUACAUGUGGCAGCAUUCAUGGGGCAUCUGAGCAUUGUUCUCCUACUGCUGCAAAAUGGUGCCUCUCCUGACGUCAGCAACAUACGUGGAGAGACAUCGCUGCAUAUGGCUGCCCGAGCUGGUCAGGUGGAAGUGGUGCGCUGUCUGCUGAGAAAUGGAGCCAUGGUGGAUGCAAGAGCCAGAGAGGACCAGACUCCACUUCACAUUGCCUCUCGGUUGGGAAAGACAGAGAUUGUCCAGCUUCUGUUGCAGCACAUGGCUCACCCAGAUGCCGCCACCACUAAUGGCUACACACCUCUGCACAUAUCUGCCCGUGAGGGUCAACUAGAUGUGGCAUCAGUACUCCUCGAGGCUGGAGCCUCUCAUUCUCUGCCAACCAAGAAGGGAUUCACACCUUUACAUGUCGCAUCUAAAUAUGGAAGCCUUGAUGUGGCAAAACUGCUGCUCCAGCGGCGAGCUUCUCCAGACUCAGCAGGGAAGAACGGUCUCACGCCUCUCCAUGUCGCUUCACAUUAUGAUAACCAGAAGGUGGCACUGCUGCUUUUGGACAAAGGGGCUUCUCCCCACACCAUGGCCAAGAAUGGAUACACUCCGCUCCACAUAGCAGCUAAGAAGAACCAGAUGGAUAUUGCUAGUACUCUGUUGCAGUAUGGAACAGAGACCAACAUUCUGACUAAGCAGGGGGUGACCUCGCUUCAUCUGGCCUCUCAGGAGGGCCACAGUGACAUGGCUGCCCUGCUGCUGCAGAAGGGUGCUCAAGUCAAUGUGCCCACCAAGAGUGGACUUACAGCUCUUCAUCUAGCUGCCCAGGAAGACAGAGUUGGUGUUGCUGAGAUUCUGGUAAAACAUGGUGCCAGCCUCGACCAGCAAACCAAAUUGGGUUACACACCACUAAUCGUCGCUUGCCACUAUGGAAAUGCCAAAAUGGUUAACUUUCUUUUGAAGAACAACGCCAGCGUUAAUUCCAAGACAAAGAAUGGAUACACACCUCUCCAUCAAGCAGCACAACAGGGCAACACUCACGUCAUCAACGUCCUGCUGCAGUAUGGAGCCAAGCCCAAUGCCACCACUGCAAAUGGAAACACAGCUCUUGCCAUUGCUCGCCGCCUUGGUUACAUAUCAGUGGUUGACACAUUAAAAGUGGUCACAGAGGAAAUCAUUACCACGACCACAAUGGUGACAGAGAAACACAAGCUGAAUGUACCAGAAACGAUGACAGAAGUCCUCGAUUUAUCCGAUGAUGAAGUGACUGGGCAGGUUGCUGAUGGUGCUAUGUCUGAUGAAUCCUAUGAUGAAGGUGAGGACACUAUGACUGGUGAUGGAGGAGAGUAUUUAAGAGCAGAGGACUUGAGGGAGCUGGGAGAUGACUCUCUGCCUGGACAGUACUUGGAUGGCAUGAAUUAUCUGCGGUUUAGUCUAGAAGGCAGCCGAUCUGAAAGUAUGGACAGAUCUUAUCGUCAAAGCUAUUACUCUCCAAAGCAUGAUGGGAUGGAGGACACAGUGCACAGUUACCAGGUAUCAUCUCUUUCUAAUGAGAGGGACCCAUACAGACUGAACUGGGAAUCUGAAAACCUGGACAAUAUAGCACUCUCCUCCAGUGCUGCUCAAUCUAGCCAUGCUUCUCCGUGCCAUGAUCAUGACAACAGCAGCUUUCUUGUCAGCUUUAUGGUUGAUGCACGAGGUGGCGCCAUGCGAGGCUGCCGCCAUAAUGGCCUGCGCAUCAUCAUCCCUCCCAGAAAGUGCAGUGCUCCAACACGAAUAACCUGCAGACUGGUAAAGCGGCAUCGACUGGCUUCUAUGCCCCCGAUGGUUGAAGGAGAUGGACUGGCAAGUCGAGUUAUUGAGGUGGGACCCUCUGGUGCGCAAUUUCUUGGUAAGCUUCAUCUCCCUACUGCCCCGCCCCCUCUGAAUGAGGGUGAGAGUUUGGUUAGCCGCAUCCUUCAGCUGGGGCCUCCAGGCACCAAAUUCCUGGGGCCAGUGAUUGUAGAGAUUCCUCAUUUUGCCGCUCUAAGAGGAAAGGAGAGAGAACUGGUGAUUAUGCGCAGUGAGACUGGAGAAAGCUGGAAAGAGCAUCAUUGUGAAUAUACAGAGGAAGAGCUCAAUCAGAUCCUUAAUGGCAUGGAUGAGGACUUGGACACUCCAGAGGAACUAGAGCGAAAGCGAAUUUGCCGCAUAAUCACCCGGGACUUCCCACAGUUCUUUGCUGUAGUGUCACGAAUCAAACAAGAUAGUAAUCUGAUUGGCCCAGAGGGUGGCAUCUUGAGCAGCACUGUGGUAACCCAAGUCCAGGCUGUUUUUCCUGAUGGAGCACUCACAAAACGCAUCAGAGUUGGUUUACAGACUCAGCCGGUGAAUGUAGAUGUGGUGAGAAAGAUCUUAGGAAACAAAGCUACAUUCAGUCCUAUUGUCACCUUGGAGCCCCGUCGACGCAAGUUUCAUAAACCCAUCACCAUGACCAUUCCUGUUCCCAAGACUUCCACUGAUCCUGUACACCACGGCUUCGCAGGAGACACACCAACGCUUCGACUGCUAUGCAGCAUCACAGGUGGAACUACACCAGCUCAGUGGGAGGACAUAACUGGAACCACACCAUUAACUUUCAUUAAUGACUGCGUAUCGUUUACUACAAAUGUAUCUGCAAGAUUCUGGCUAAUCGAUUGUCGACAGGCCCAAGAGUCAGUCAACUUUGCCACACAGGUGUAUCGGGAGAUCAUCUGUGUGCCAUACAUGGCCAAAUUUGUCAUCUUUGCUAAAACCCACGACCCAAUAGAGGCACGUCUGCGCUGCUUUUGCAUGACUGACGACAAGAUAGACAAAACACUGGAGCAACAGGAGAACUUCAUAGAGGUGGCACGCAGUCGGGAUGUGGAGGUACUAGAAGGAAAGCCAAUCUAUGCAGACUGCUUCGGAAACCUUGUUCCUCUUACCAAAAGUGGCCAACAUCAUAUUUUCAGCUUUUUCGCCUUCAAAGAAAACAGACUUGCCCUCUUCAUAAAGAUACGGGAUAGCACUCAGGAGCCUUGUGGUCGGUUGUCCUUCAUGAAAGAACCAAGAUCAUAUAGGAGUCUGGCUCACAAUGCUAUAUGCAACCUUAAUAUUUCUCUACCUGCUUACUCCAAGGAAUCUGAUUCAGACCAAGAUCCUGAGGAGGAGACUUGCCGAACACUUGGAACAUAUGAUGAAGAUGAAGCGCCUACAAAGACCUCCAUCCAGACAACACACUUAAUUCGAGAUUCUCCAGCACUCGCAAGCCCAGAUUUACUAUCUCAGGUGUCCGAGAUGAAACAGGAUCUAAUUAAAAUGACUGCCAUUCUGACCACCGAUCUCUCGGAGAAGUCGAGCCCUAUGCAUGGAAGUGACCUGGAAAAGGGAGUGGAGGAUGUGUCAGGGGAACCUUUAGAAAUAAUGGAAAAGGUCAAGGAGGAUUUGGAAAAAGUUAGUGAGAUUUUAAGGAGUGGAACAUAUGAGGAUAGGUCAGCAAAAGCAGCCAGUCGUCCAUAUAAAAAGGAUGAGGAGUGGGUUCUUCUCUCAGACUGUGAAAUUGAGGAGGCCAAAAUGAUGGCUGCCUUUGAGACACAAGAGGCACUACUUAAGGAUAUUCGAGGCACUCGAGGUUCACAGGCACAAAAGAGUGUCAGUGAGGAUCAAAGAGAAUAUACUUUGGAUAUACCAGCAAUGACAGGAUCGAUAUCACAGGAAAGUGGGAAACAAGAAAAGUUCACUGAGGUUGUUCUACGCAAAGGUGGUAAAAAAAUCAUACCAACUGUGCUCAAAGACACUAAAAGCCAGGCUGCUGAAGUAAAAAAGCCAGUUAGAAGAAAGGGGCCUCAAGGGCACACUGAUGAAUACAACACACCUGGCUCAAAAGCACAUUCUGUUAGUGAAAGAACUGAGAAAACACACAAAGACAAUACACUUUUAAGUGCCCCCGCACACCAAAAAGUGUCACCUGUAUCUCCAGUAGUUGAAGAAACACCCAUUGGUUCAAUUAAAGACAAAGUUAAAGCACUUCAAAAGAAAGUGGAAGAAGAACAAAAAGGUCACAAGCAGACUGGCAUCAAGCCUUCUGUUAAGCUUUCAGAAAGAAAACCAUCUGUUGGUAAUAAAGACCAAAAAACACCAAGCACACCCAAAUUGCAAGCCUCCCACAAAUCACAAAAAAAGGAGUCUGAGAGACUAGAAGAGACUAUGUCAGUGAGAGAACUCAUGAGAACUUUUCAGAAAGGACCAGACCCUUCAAAAAGGAAGUCUGGACUCUUUGAACACAAGACACCUUCUGAACCAAAGCACACAAAAACUGUUCAAGUAAAAGAAGCUGUUCUAGACACAUCUGAAAAUCCAAUCCAGUCAGAAACCGUUGCUGCAGUUGGGCAAGGCAUAUUAAAAACCUCUAAAGAGUCUCAACCUGAUAGAGGCCCUGAUGGUACUGCAGUUGAAGACAGCUCUGACAGUGUUAAAAACAAAGAUCUAGCUCAUCUCCCUUGUGCCAGCCUUGGUGAAGAGGAAGUCCACAUGAGCUCAGAAGAAAGUGACAAACAUGAAGGCAUGGCGGACACUCCAGAAACAAGUCCUGAAAGCCUUUCAUCACUGCCCAAACAGCCAGCUGAGUCUAUACAUGUAAAGCUCUCCGAAGCAGUAACAGGUACUACUAAGGACAAUACUAGCAAACUUACUGACUGCUCUUCCAUUGGUGCCAAGACUGCUGAUAUUCAGUCAUCAACAACUUUGGAAGGCUUAUCUGUGAAAAAGGCAGUGGAUGAGUCCUUAAAAUAUGAGUCUGUGUGUUCUUCUCAUGACAAAACUGUUACAUUCGAUGGAAAAAAACUCUCUACUGAUAAGGACAAUAUUUUGGUGUCAUCUACCGCACACAAAUCUCGAAAACUAACAAAAAGAGGUUCAGAAACAAUAGAGAGUUUUUUAAGUGAUGAAGAAUCCCCUGAUGGUCAGCUAACACCAACCUUUACUGACAACUCAUCCCCAAGAGCUGAAAAACACAAAGGAUUAGUACUUCCUCUUAGACUUCAAGACUCAGAAACCAUUAGUCCAGUAGCUGAUGAUUCCAUUAGCCACAAUGACUCUUUAGAGGGUAGCCCUGUUAGAGAGGACGACUCUUCUCAUAAAUCCCCAGACUCAAUUGAACCUAGCCCAAUUAAAGACUCCCCAUGCUGUGACUCUCUAGAAAACAGCCCUGUAGAGCAGAAACACAUCAUGGCCUUCCCUCCAUCAGUAGAAAAACACAGUGUGACUACAGGGCACCCGACAUCCUCCAAAGCUCCUGAAUUCCCUUCAGAAAAUGUACACUGUAGGCUUCUCAAAGACCAAGAAUGUAGUGUGGAUGAUGACAGUUGCGAGCAGACAUCUCAUCCGACAAGUUCUGGUAAGAGUCCUGUUUCCCCUGACACCCCAAGUUCUGAAGAGGUAAGUUAUGAGAUCAAUCCUAAAACCCCAGAUCCUUUGCUCUUGUCCAUGUCCCUAAUGCCAUCAGUCAUACCUGAGGAUACAGAGGAAGAUUUGAUGUGUGUUUUGACCCAGACAAAAUUCACACCAGAGGAAGAAAUGUUUAAAAUGGCUGCCAAAAUAAAAACUUUUGAUGAGAUGGAGCAAGAUGCAAAAGACAAAAAGGACAUUAAAAAAGAUGUCUCACCUCAGGCCAUGAUUGUGUCUGAACAAGGACAUGAAAACAUCACACCUAUUGGCCUUGAAUUCCCAGUUAAAACAUCAGUGGAUUGCCUUGCACCCACUGAGUUGAAGCAAGAGUCAGAGAUAAAACAAUCUGUUAAAACUACUAUUAAAGUACAACCUCCCUCUCCUUUUCCAGCAGGUGAACAUGAGAGCCCUCAAACGGCUGAGAGCCCUCAAACGGCUGAGGAUAUUCAACAAACCAUGGCCCACACAGCAGCAUCAGCAGAUGAAUCAAUGGAGGGACCUCAGUCUGUCUCAGAAAGGCAUAAAGCUCACAAUUUGUCUAAAGAACUACAAAAAGAAAAGGGGAUACUUAGUAUAAAUGAGUUAGAUCAAAUUAAUAAGACAUAUUUUAGCAAUAAAGAGGGGGCAGAUAUAUCUAAUGAACUAAAAGAGGAAAGCCUGGGAAAGACAAAUGAGAGCAUAGAUGAUGAUAGGUCUGGACACCACAAAGGUGUUUCUGAUCACCUUGAAGUUGAUACAUCAUAUAGUCAGACAGAAUAUAAUACACCAGAUCAGGUUAAAGAUGAUCACAUGAGUCAUAGAAAGGCAUAUGAUUUAAAUUUUAGCAUGGAAUCCUUAGAGGUGGAAACCAGUUCUGUGUCUAUUGUCGGAAAAGAAAAAGAAACAUUCAAACCAGAAUGGCAUGUUUAUGAUAACACCAAGGCGAAUGUUUUAGAGACACCUCCUAAAACCAAAUCUCGAGGAGUUACUGCAAAAGCAGUGACUGACAACUGGAGUGCAAUAAGGGAAGAUGAUGUUGCCUUUGCAGCAAGAGUCAAAGAGGAGGAGCAAAUGAUUUUGGGCCUGGUGGUAGAUCGACAGGCACAGGGAGCAACCCCAGACACCACACCUGGAAGGACUCCCACUGAGGAAGGCACACCAACAAGUGAACAAAACCCUUUUCUGUUUCAAGAGGGAAAACUGUUUGAGAUGACUAGAAGUGGGGCUAUUGACAUGACCAAACGAGGGUAUGAGGAAGAAGGCUUUGCUUUCUUUCAGAUAGGAGAGCAACCAAUUGAAGAGGCACUUGCGGAAGAUAUUAGGGAAGAACCUGCUAUAGAUUUGAGCGGGACAGACAGAGAAGUUGCUAUAAACCUUACUGUGCAGAAUAAACCAGAAGUAGCUGAACAUUCUGUAAAAGAAGCUACCGCUCUUUGCUCCUCACUUGAUGAUGCUCAAUCAGGUAAAGCUUCUAUAUCAGAUGCUACAAAGUCUAGACUUCCAAUCAAAAUGGGUGUCUCUGCUUCACCCAAAACAAAUAAAAAACAAGUUACAAACCAAGCUGUAGAAUUAAAAACAGACAAAAUAGCUGAAGAUACUUCAACAACUUCCCUUGGUUCUAUUGAGACUAUCCUAACAAAUGUUCAGACAGCAUUAUCAACAGUUACUAGACCAGUUUAUUCUCAACAACAACAAGAAUCCUCAGAUUCCUCUCCAGAGGAUCAACACUCGAUAAUAGAGUUACCUAAAACCCCUAAAAAUACAUCUCAAACCCCCAGUAAAGUAUCAAAGUCAAAAGCCCAGGCUACCUCUAAAAGUCACAUUGUGUCCACUCAAAAAAAGUCUUCCUCUAAGGAAGAGGAAAAGCCAAAAUCUAGAAUCCCUAUAAAAGCAGUUCCACUUAAAUCCGAGACCGAAAAUGUUUCUAUUAAACAGGCUGAACCCAUUAAGGACAAAAAGUCUAAAUUGCCUGUAAAACCUAAAACAAGGAGAAAAUCUGAGACAGACACAGGUCCCUCUGUAAGCUCCGGAGUGACAAGGUCUAUCAAAGCCAAGAGCUUCUGUGAAAGUGAUUCUACAAAGAAACCAGCUAAAAAGGACCAGGGUCGCCCAGCCAGUACUGAUCUCUCUAACAAAUAUAAGACUUUACCGUCAAAGCUACCUGUCAGAGGAAAGCCUGGUCAGCCAACUCAAACCACUACAACUGGCAAAAAAGAGCAGCCACCUGAGAGAUGCAAGAAGUCUAUUGAUUUUUUUGAGGAGAUUAGUGGUGAGGCAGCUAAGCUAGUGGAGCGCUUGGCUCAAGCAGAAAAAGAGAAAGAGGAGGCAGCUGCGAUGUCGGAUGAUGAAAGCAGUGCUAUAGAUGUCUCAGUAAUAGAAAAUGAGCCUUUCCCUGACAUGCAGAUGCCUCUUCCUGAGGACCCAUUGGUCAUUAGGCCUCGAUGGGACGACCCUGUUGAGACGCAGAUGGAAAGAAUUCCUGCUGAUAAAGCCCAAGUCCAAAGUCAAGUGGAGCCACAGGAUGAAUCUGACAGAAAAGAGGGACGAUUGGCUGUAAUAGCUGACCACCUUGGUUUUAGCUGGACAGAGCUGGCUCAUGAACUUGAAUUCAGUAAAGAGCAGAUAGCUCAGAUAAGAGCAGAGAAUCCAAACUCACUACAAGACCAAAGUCAUGCCCUUAUAAAGCUAUGGAUGGAGAAAGAGGGCACAAAUGCCACAGAAAACACAUUGAUCUCAAAGCUCUCGAAGAUUAAUCGCAUGGACAUUGUUCAUCUUAUCGAAAACAAGAUCAUUCAGUCAACUCCGGAUGAGUCAGCACAUACCUAUGCAGAAAUAGAGCAGACCAUAUCACUGGAUCAAAGUGAAGGAUUCUCAGCUCUUCAUGAAGACAUGGACAGCCCUCAACCAGGUCAACGCAUCGAAAUAAUUCAAAGACUUUCAAACUCUGGGCAGCCACCUCCAGUGGUGUCUGUGGAGGAUCUCUUUUCCAGUGUAUCCUCCCAGAGUGAUACUCAAAAAGAGACGUUCCAGUCAGACCAGGAGAUGGUUGAAGGUUCAAUACACGGUGGUUUUGAGAUGAUUGGUCUCCAGCAGCAGUUCCCUGGCACUAUAAAAAAAGGGGAUGAUAUGCCUGAUAUUCCUCCUCAGACAGUGACAGAAGAACAAUACACAGAUGAACAUGGAAACUUAGUGGUUAAAAAGAUCACAAGAAAAAUUAUUCGUAAGUACGUGUCUGCAGAUGGAGUGGAGCGAGAGGAAGUGACGGUGGAGGGAGGUCAGCAAGAAGCUAUCACUGUAGACGAUGCUGAUAGCUUUUCCAAAGUAGUGAAAAGAACAAUAGUGAAGAGUGCAGCAGGGCAAGUAGAGGUGACUUUUUCUGAACCACAGUCAGCUGGUGGGGCAGCCUCUGAGUUUGAGGUAGAGCCUGUACAAGGUCGUAAAGUAAGCAAAGUUGUGAAAACCAUGAUGGUGCAGGGUGAAAGGAUGGAGAAGCAAAUCGGUGACCCCUCAUUAUCAGCAGAUCUUCCCUCAGCAAAAGAUGACUUUGAAAAGGCUUUGAGUUAUGCAGGAGGCUUUCACAGUGUGCUCCUGCCUCAUUUAGUUGAGAAACAGCUUGUGAAGGAGGACGGAUCUGUGGUCAAAAGGACCUGCAUGAGUAAGACACGCACUCAGAAGAAAACGGUGGUGAGGGAUGGCCAGGGCAAACAGAUUCACCUGGAGCGACUAGAGGACACUUCAGAGUCUCUACAACCUGAUGACCUGCAGCAGCACGUACACCAACUGCUCAAGCGCUACUGCACGCCAGAAGUGACAGAAAAGCCAGAAACGGGGGAAGAGAAAGAGACAGAGGGGGAAAAGAAAGAAGAAAAGCCGGACACAGAAAACAUCUGAUUUUCUGCUACCUUUUAUUUAUCUGCACUGUGUGGCAAGAAUCUUAAAAUACUGUUAAAAUGUCAGAACGUGACUACUUUUCCCUUUGUCACUCAGUCUUUCACCGUGAUGGCUACUGCACAAUUUAAAAUCGUAUUUAAGUUUGAAUCAUUUAUUAUUUUGUUCCCAAAAAAAAACCCAUUAGUUUGUAUAAUUGAACAUUGUUCUCAUGCUAAUAAUUUUUACCCCGUUACUUUGUGACCAAAGAUAGUUUUACCUUUUUUGGGCUACUGAGAAUAAAGCAACAAAACAUCAUUCUGUAGUACCAACCUCUUUCACUGACUUUUUUCAGUUUGAUUUGAAAUAAUGGGACAUAUGUAUUGUGCAUACAAUGGCAAUGGGGAAAAAAUGUCCAGCAUAUUCUGCACUGUCUAGAUAUAUAUUGUAAAUCUGCACCAGUGCACUACUGCAAUCAAACAUGCUAUUAUUCAUUAGCUUGAAUUCUGUCCGCAGGUUUUGGAUAACUGUUUGUCUGAUACUAGGGCAUGUUUACUCCUUACCAUAAAUGCAGGUAUGAAUUUGGACAGUACUGAGAUCGUGUAAAAUGGAAUGAAUGUCGUAGAGUAGUUUACCGAAAUGAGCUUGAUUCAUUUGUAUUCAAUAUAAAUGUUAAAUCAGUCCACUGCAUUGGUGGAUCAAAUGCUAGAAAAAAACAUGCCUGCCUUUACUGUGCUCUUCAUUCUUCUGAAUGAAUACUUAGCAAACUACUCCCAACUUAUGCUUGUUGAUAUUUUUUGACCUUAAUAAUUUCAUAUAAGGCCAGACUAGCUUUGCACAGUGGACUUGGUCUGCUUUAUCUACUGUAUGUACAGUGUGUUUGUGUGUGUGUGCUUUUCCUCACUAUGUUAAUCACCAGUCACAACACUGCUACCCUCAUGUCUGUGGAGAAGAAAGUAGCAAUCAUUCUUGUUAAUUUAAUCCAAAUGAUCAUUUAAAUAAUGGCUGUUAAUAAUAAAUAACCAGGUUUCCAAUUAUAA